CGUUUGUGUAAAGUCACCGCAUGAAUCAGAGUCUUCGGUUAUAAAGCUAGAAAAAAAAGAAAGAGAGAGGAGAGAGAGAUCUUUGAUCUAUCUUAUCAAUGGCGGAUGGUAAACCGGACGAGCAGCUCUUCCAGCUUCUUUCAGGUCUUCUCCAACAGGUUGAAUCGUUGACGAAUACAGAGGAAGUAGAAUUACGUUCGAAGAUCGAAGCACUUGGCUUAGAAGUCACCAAAGUGCCAUCAAAGUCUUCUCAACCCCUCACUGAGGUGGAGAUUGCUAAUGAAUUGGACAAGUUAUCAGCAAAGCUUGACGAUGUUGAUGAGAUGAUUUCGUCUGCUAUUGCUUCGGACCCGCAAGUUCAGACUCUUCUUAGUGGUACUGCUGAUGUUUGGAUGCCUGUUAUCACUGCCAACACCCAAGAGAGGCUCAACUUCACUGCCUCAAUCGGUGAUGAAGAUGAUGGUAAGGAUAAGGAUGCUACUACCGAUAAGGACAAGAACAACAGCUCGUAAAUCUUUCUUGCAGAGCAUGUUUCUUGUUGUUAAACUCAGUAUUGUUCUGUCUUUUUUUUAUUUAUGCAGUCUUGUUACUUUCUCGACUCAAUGUGUGCAUCUCUCAGAUAUUUGAUGGUGGAGAUUUAUGCGAAUUGAAUACAUCUGUUUAUUUUAUACUA